AUGGAAAGGGGUCUACGACAAGGUGACCUGCUGUCUCCUUUUCUGUUUGUCCUUGUUGUUGAUGUGCUACAUAGGAUGCUUGGGGAGGUGGUUAGAAACGGACGCAUAUCUCCAUUCCUGAUAGGUAGAGAGCAGGUUGAGCUGUCACAUCUCCAGUUUGCGGAUGACACCAUUCUGUUCUGUCCCCCAGAGGAAGAGACAGUUAAGAACUACAGGAGGAUCCUUCGCUGUUUUGAGUUGAUGCCAGGGCUAAGCAUCAACUUUGAUAAAUCUAGCUUGAUUCCUAUUAAUUGUGAUGCUCAAUGGGUACAUCGUAUGUGCUGCGUACUAGGUUGCAAGGAAGCCUCCCUUCCAGUAAAAUACUUGGGGAUUUCACUAGGAGCUAAUCCAAGGUUUGUUAAGACUUGGAAGCCAAUUAUUGACAAAGUGGAGGAAAAACUUAGCCUUUGGAAAGCCAAAGUUCUUAAUAAAGCCGGUAAGUUGGUGCUCAUUAAAUCUGUACUAAAUAGCCUCCCUGUAUAUUAUUUGAGCCUGUAUAAGAUGCCAAAGGCUAUUGUGGAGAAGCUUAUUUCCUUACAGAGAAGAUUUCUAUGGAGUAAGAAGGAUGGUAGGAAUGGUAUGGCGUUAAUCAAGUGGGAGGUGGUGCAGGCGCCCAAAAAGCUUGGUGGGUUGGGUGUCGGGGAUGCCAUGUUGCGAAACAUAGCCCUUCUUUUUAAGUGGUGGUGGCGGUUUUCAAAGGAGGAUCGUCCGCUAUGGAAGAAGGUGGUAAUACAAGAGGACAUCAUCCCGGAGGAUAUAACAAGCUACAACUUUACAAGAACAAUCUGGAAAGGUUUAGUUCCACCAAGAGUUGAACUGUUUGUCUGGUUUGGUGUGCUUGGGUAUCAUUUGCGGGAAGGCUAUGGUCUUGCCCGGGGACGUUGA